GCCCGGCCCCCUCCCCCGCCACACAACUAAACCGCGGCUAUAUCACCCACGUCCACCCUACCGCGCUCCCGGCCCUGUCCGUUCACGCGGAACAGCCUACUGACUCAGUGCGACGCCCGCGAUAGCGGUUAAGUGUAUCCGAGUGCGGGAAGGAUUGGAGAAGAAGGUGAAGGUGAGGGAGUCGACCGGGACAUCACCUUGACUCCCGUAGGCGGAGUCGCGCCUACCGGUGAGGCGCUACAGUUCCUCGGCAAUGGCAGGGCCGAAGUCGAUCUUCGUCCUAGUGGCCCUGGGCCUCAUCGUUUCACUCGAGGUUCUGGCCAUUCAGAAUGAUCGGACGCGCUCGAGGUCAUCGCGCGACGAGGAGAUCAUCCUGAGCGCGAGCGCCUACGGCGAACGGACUUCCGACGACCUGCUGCAACAUCACACCCAAGGAUUCCAUCGAACGCAGGACAUCCUGCGACUGGAGAGCUCGAGGAGCGUCGACGACCUCGACGCCGAUAUCGAGGAGACGAGAUAUCCGAGCCUCGGCGAUGCCGUUGCUGCCGCAGCUUCAGCCGACGAGCCCAUCAUCGAUGCCCUCACCGCGUCCAAGCUCAUCGAGCACAUAGACGGCAAUCAAAUCGAAGUCAAGGCCGGGAAGUACUUUAGGAACAUCGUGCCGACGAAGAGCGAAAGCUUGCCGGGGGAAGGAUGGGGGGCUCCGCAGGGACAGCGCCAGGAUGGUCCCUCGUCGGAGCCCCGGGAGCAACCAGUACGAGCUUCGCAGACACUGUUCUUGGAGAAGCUACCGCGGCAGGCUCGCCGCGAGCCCACGAGGAUUUAUAGCGAGCACGCGCCACCGCCGCUGAUCACCCAGGAUCCGAAUCAGAGUCCAAGGCAGGCCAACACCGACAUCCAGGACAUUAUCACGGGAAUCGUGAAGCUGCUCAACGGUAAGGUCAACGUCGCCGUCAACUCGGCCAAGCCCGUGAGACCCGUCCAAAGUACGAGAAUUAACAAUAGAGGACCACCAAGAAUUUCCGAUGUUCUACCUUUGCCGCCCGAUUUUGAUACCCCCGGGAUGAAUCCACCGCCGCCUCCACCCAAUCAACCAUCAACUUACGAAACCCCACCAGCUCCAAGUGCCCCAUCGCUUAAUCAGCUGCCUCCCGAACCUCCCAUCACGUCCUAUUUGAACGGAAUUCCUCUUCCGGAGACCGUCGUCUCACAAGGCAAUCGACCUUGGAAUCGUCCGUCAAGGCCAGGAACACGGCAGCCGCUACCACCUUACAUGCCGUUGCCCGAGCGCGAACAUCCCGAGUCGGACAAGAACAAUGCGAUCGAUCCUCACGGCUUGGGCAAUAAAAUCGAUCACGACGACAAUAAGACGCGGCUGACGGAGAACAAGGAUAACAAGCCGUCGAAUCACGAUCAGUCCAAUCGCUCGAAACCCGUCGCGACUCAACGGCCUCAGAUUACCCCAACGAGGAAAUACCAAUCGACGCUAAAGACGGAAGGCGCAAUGGCCGAGAAUACCCUCGUGUUAGGGGGCGUGCCGCUUCAGCCCCAACCAAUUCCCACCUCCAAUGAACAUGACGACGAUCGGGAGCCGAUGGCCGUUGUCCCGCUCAAGGCAAACAACGACCAUUCUCCGAUCCUAAAUGGUCAACUUAAUAAUUUUCACGCAGAUAAGAAUAAGUUAUCGAAAGUGUCGUCGCCAGGGGCUAACACCAAAGCAGUUUUUCAAACGACACUGAGCGUCGAGACGAGUUCCUCGGUCCAAGUGAUCGAGGCAACAUCGACCAUGUCCAUGCUCGAACCGAGCCUAGUUCCGGCAAAGCAGAGCCAUUUUUCCGAAUCUUCCCCUACGGAUCCGGCAAUAAUCGCCUCGAGCGUCGCGUCAUUGGAGCCGAGCAUAUUAGCGAGCGUAAACGUCGAUGUGGAUCCGACGACGAGUUCAUCCAUCCCGACCGAGGAAUUGUCGACGAGCCUAUCGAAGACGACGAAUUUAUCGAAGAAAGCGACUGGCCAAUCCAUCACCGGCACCACCGCCACAUUCUCAAAGAGUCAAAGCUCCGUGUACUCGUAUCGUCCUCGUCCUGGAAUAGUCUUGGACGACACAUUGGAUUACACGGGGUCGCAAGGAAUUGUCACUCACAGGCCUUUUGGACCACCGAGGCAUCCCUCGAAUCCCGACACUUUUGACGUCGUAGUGUCAGCAAUCCAAGGACCCGCUGGAUCCGGCACUGGCGAGGUUCGAGUGCCGGUGAACGUGGGCCACGGCGGCGGUAGCACCGAUGAUAUUCUAACGUCUUCGGUAGAGGGACAGGGUUUCGUCAGUAUAGACGGCAAGAGGACAUAUCUCAAUCUUUUUGAUUCUACGGAGGCUGCGAGUCCAGGACCCAGUAACACUCGAUUGCAGCCAACGAAAACGCAAGCAACGUCCGUAGUUGGCACAGGAUUUGCCGUACCGCAGAGUGAGAGCACAGCGGUAGCAGCGGCCAGGCCCAGCGUUCCGGCGAGGAGACCGACGUUCCAUAGAAGGCCGACGCAACCGCCGGUGAGGAUCGACACGUGCAUCGUCGGAGACUCGAGCACCUGUGACUCUAGUCAGCACGAGGCCUGUGCCACCGUUCAAGGGGUCUCGGCUUGUCACUGCAAGCCCGGUUUCGCGAGGAUCACGCACUCCCUGCCCUGCAAGAAGAUCGUAAGCAUUGUCGUGUCCAUUAGGGUCGAUAAGAUUUACGACAGAAAAAUGAUUUGGAAUAAGGAUCUCGAUGACAAUGACUCGGAAUUUUAUCAAACCUUGGCCUACGAGGCGAACCGAGCCAUCGAAUCAGCCAUGUCGAUGACUCCAUUUUCCGACGAGUACGUCGGAUCCUCCGUCAAUAACGUUUAUCAAGGGGAUAUAAGUCAAGGUCAAGGCGGUGUUUUCGUUAACGCGACAUUGAAAUUGGCGUACGAGCCGAGAACCGCGAGACAAGGUUUAGCUGGAGAUUUGCAAAAGCACCUUCUCGGAGUCAUUCAAAGACGAUAUAAUAAUAUUGGAAACAGUGCGCUUCAUGUUGAUGGUCCGGCCGGUUCCAUCUCCAAUCUUCAAGAUUUAGACGAGUGCGCGUCAUCCGAAUUAAACGACUGCCAUUCGUCAGCCACGUGUGCUAAUACUUGGGGUGGCUUCACCUGCACUUGCAAUGCAGGAUUUAAGGAUCCACAUAAAAGUGAUCAGAGCACGGCGGGUAGAACGUGUCUCUCCUGCUCGACCUCGCACUGCAAUAAUCGAGGGACCUGCUCCUAUCAAGCCGAUCAAAUGCAUUGCUCAUGCACUGGAAAUUAUUACGGAGCUCAAUGCGAAGUUGAUGGCGAAGUUCUCGGUGUUGCUAUCGGAGCUUCGGUCGCAGCAUUGAUCAUCAUAGUCCUAACGCUCGUUUGUCUUGUUAUGUGGAGCCGACGCUGGUCACAAGAACAAAAAACAAUUUCCCCGGUGUAUGGUUAUGUCCAAGGCGGUCUUCCCGGUACAUUACCAGCAACCUUAGCUCGUGUCGGAUCCGUUGGUACACUGGCAUCGGUUAAACAAGGACCUCCAACGAAUCUUCCUCCCUACAUGUGGGCGCAAGUUGCCGAUCAUUUGGCAACGGCUAAUGUCUAUGCGACGGAGCCGAUGGGCCCGACCCGGCCAAGUUCGGCCAUGUUCGGAUACCCGACGCUGAGUCUCCAUGGGACGCUACCACCGGUGCCGUUGCCGCGCCUUCAGGGUCCACCGCGCGCCAGGCAAAGGCACCAACCGGAACCUGACAGCUCGGACUCCGAGCCUCAGGACAAGGACCGGGCCGAUCUCAUACCGCAGAGCAAUUUCCAGGUGCCCCGGCCCAAGUCUCGCUCGUCCUUGGCUAAUCAAAGUGGAAUUUAUUACGACGUGGAGUACGAUCAAGGAGAUGCUCGACACUUGUCGAAGAAUAACAUACCAAUGUCCACUUACAGCAUGGCGCCGUACUAUCGGACGUGAUACACAUGGACAUAAUAACGAAGAAUGGAUUUCGUUAAUUAAACGAAUUAAAUGGAUCAAUUGUGUAACUAUUCAUUGCUCUCAUCCAUGAUUUUGCUAAUUAUGCAGUACAUUAUUAAGAAUUAAUUAUGAGAUUAACGUUUAUUUGAAACCUCAUUACGCGAAUGCUGCGGCUAAAAAGUACUAAAACAAACGAAUAUUGAUUUGCAAUGAAACAAAAAUAAAAAAAAUAAAAAAA